AUGGAAGGCAGCAAGGAAGAAAAAAGUGCGAAAAGGGUAGAGUGCAUAAUUAGCCUGCAGGAAACCGAUAAAGUAGCAGACAUGUUUAUUGCAUACUUGGAAGAGAGAACUAUCCCUGGCCUGGGAGAGAAGGAAGUGCAGGCAUAUGUAGAUGCAUUUGCAGAUGGUAAUGGGCAUAUUCCUAGCCUGAUAUACCCCAGAAGAAGCACGCGAGAGACCUGCCAAGUACUGGACUCUCUCUCGAAGGAUCUGCACGAGACUGUUCGCACUGCCCUGGGAGAGUAUGUAUUGCAUAUGGAAAAGAAAAAAGCAGAAACUUCUUCCAGCACAGACAGUUGGAGAGCUCUAGUAUACCCCAGCACGCGAGAGGACAUUGUGAAUAUGCUGGACGGAGUGCUGGAGGACUUUAUUAAAAGCUCGCCCUCUCUCCGGUUUGCAAGCCCGAUGAUUCUCACGAUAAAAACUAUCAUUACUUGGGCGACUCUUUUCGCGCUGACAGUUCUUGCCUUUGCGUACGUGAUUCGCUGCAACUUUCCAAUGCCCAUUUCCGAGUACCGCCUGUAG